AUGGGACCGCAUCACAUUCGCAUCAUGUUAGACAUCUCCUCGCCGCAGGAGUAUCAACACAUAAACCCGCACUCAGGGGCUUCAUCUUAUCAACGAGGAUCCUUUCAAGGGCAUCCUCCCAGACAAGGUAAAAAUCUAACGAUCAGUACAAAAAUAACCGAAAACGAGCCAUGUUAUCCUCUAACAGCGGAGGUACUAAGAAGCGAAGAUAUUGAUACAAACUCCUUCAGAGCGUGUCGUCUAGGUCGUUAUUACAAGCAAUGGGAGUAGAUGAGAGCUCCAGAUUACCUACCAAAGAUUAUUCAGGGGUAUCGUAUACCCUUUCGCUUAAAACCACUUCUUGUUUACCCCAGCAUUCACGGAAAAGCAUUCCACACUCCUCAGUCCGAAGAGAUGUCAACAGAGAUAAACCAAUUAAAAAGACAAGGUGUUCUGAAAGUAACCCAUCUUUCCAUUAGUCCCGAAGAGUGACGGUGCUGCUCGUCCCAUUUUCAAUUUAAAAUCGUUAAACGAUUUUGUUAUGAGGGAAAGAUUCAAUCUUAUAAACAUAUUCCCAGUGCCAGAAUUUCUUCAGCCAAACGAUUAUCUAUGCAAAAUAGAUCUAUGUCAGGCUUAUUGCCAUUUGAAAAUAAGCCGGAGUCACAGAAACUGGUGCAGAACUUACUCUUCGUUGCAAUCAAAAAGAAAUGUUAGCAAUCUUACACGUAUUAAGAGAUCACUGUCUGUACCUGCAUCAUUCCACAGUUCUGAUUCAGUGCGACAACAAAACUGUUAUUGCCUACCUCAGGAAUCAGGGAGGUACAAAGUCAAAUCGCUUGAUGAACUUGACAUAGCAAGUGUUUCAGAUCUUAGACCUGGGAGAUGA